AUGCCGUCGAGGCUGGUGGGUGAGUCUCUGGUCCUCCCAGGCUGCCGGGAACGCUGCAUCUGCCAGGCAGGGGGUCGCCUACGGUGCCAACCGUUCCAGUGUCCCCGAAGCUCGGGCUGCAUUCUGGACCGCGGCGUUCGCCUCUGCGGGAGGCCCCCUGGCAAGGGCAGUGCCACCUGUCGCCUGGUACCUGGAGGUCUCUUCACCACUUUCGAUGGCUUCCAAGGCAGAGUCCCUGCCCUUGCUGCCCCCGGUGCCUACGAGCUGGCAGUCCUGGCUGACGCCAACCCCCGGAAUCCUGCGUGGUUCCGUGUGCUCACAGAAUACCCAGCCUGCCCAGCCUGCCCGGCCCCACGAGCAUGGGUCAUCAUUCGCUUCAGGGACGGCUGUGUGGCCGUGGGGCCCGGCGGGGAGGUCUGGGUGAAUGGACAUAGGGCCCAGCUCCCAGCCAGGGUCUGCGGAGGGGUCAUGGCCCGAUGGGCUGGCUCUGGGAAAGUCCUUGUGGAGAGACCCCCCCUCCUUCGGGUGCUGGCGGGCCCAGGGGGUACAGUGGUCCUGAGGGCUGCCGGGGCCCUGGGUGGCCAGCUGCAAGCUGCCUGCGGUGACUUCAACGGGGACCCCCAGGAUGACCUCCGACUCAGGGGUGGGCUUCCUGCUUCUAGCCUGGAUGAUGUCUUCAGGUCCUGUCAGGCUCGAGCCUUCAGGCGCUGCCACAGCACGGAGAAGGCGCACUCCCCUGUCUACAAGGAAGAUUAUUUUUCUACUUAAUAAUGGUGCUGCUCUUGUGGUUCGCCCACUCCCACAAAGGCCUGGCACCUUUGGCCAGGGCCCUGUCUGUCUCUGCUGAGGUCGUCAAUAAAUGGAUUUUGGCAAA